AAUCCCUUUUUUGGCCGUUUGACAACGAGGGUGUUUAAUGAAAUCGAGACAGUUGUUGUUUGGCAUAAAUCUUGUACGGCGCUUCUACGUAAAAUAUCUACUAUUAUUUUGCGUUUAAACCAAGACAAGUUUUUGGAAAUGGAGAAUAAAGACAUUGAAAUGGUAGAAGGUGUUUCAAAGACGAAGAAAAGAUCACUCGGUAGGCAAUGCGCGGCUUAUGGGUGUUAUAACACCUUUUACAAAACUGAUGGAUCGCCAUCCGGCCUACAUUUCUUCAGAUUCCCACAAAAGAACCCCGAGAAGCUUCGUUGGUGUAACCUCAUCAAACGUGCAGAUGGACGUGACGGUUUUAAUGUUACACUGUCUACAUUCCUUUGUGAAGACCAUUUUACUGAUGCGUACAUCAGCAGGUAUCCAAAUCAGUGGCGUCUGAAAACUGGAGCUGUCCCUUCUUUGAAUCUGUUCAGUAGCGUAGAUCGGUUGCCAAGAGUAUCCCGCAAAGCGCCAGCUGAACGUACGUUUUCUUCCUCUGCAUCAGCGACUGCAAUCUUCGAUGAUGAUGUUUCUCCCUUGGCUUCUAAUGUAAUGGAAUCCUCGCUACAAUUAUCAACUGAUGAUUCACCAACAACUUCAGUUUCUACGCAAACUGAAUUUUCUUUUGUCAGUUCUCCAAUUUACAUUCCUUCUUCCUUUGACCAAAACAAGGAGUGCGACCAUGAAUACUCCUCUUAUACACCUCACGAGAACGAUCUUUUUAAUAUUUGUAACCAGCAUGACCAUCUUUCAACAAAGACCAAGGAACUCUCUUUGCAAGUUGACAAACUAUCCAAACAAAUUGGUGACUUGGAACAACAAAUUUCUCAGCUGAAAAGCUCUCUCUUCUCAAUCGAUAAACUGGAAAAAGAUGAUGCUGCUGUCAGAUUUUAUACUGGCUUUCAAAAUUUUUCUUCUCUUCGUGCCUUGUUUGAGUAUUUCCAGCCAAAGCUUGAUCGUAUUCAUUAUUGGCGUGGGCCUACAUCUUCCAAGGUUUCAGAUCUUUCCUAUCAACAGUCCUCUCAAUCUCAGAAACCUGGUCCAAAACGCAGCCUUUCGCAAUUAGAAGAAUUUAUUUUUGUAUUAAUGAGACUCAAAGUUGGUUUAUUUAUGAAUGAUGUAUCAGACAGAUUUGGAAUCUCUACUGGACAUGCUUCAAAAAUUUUUACAAGUUGGAUUAACUUUUUAUUUCAUGAACUUCCUCUUUUGUUUCCGUUUCCAUCUCAAGAAAGAAUACGAAAAGAUAUGCCACAGCAAUUCAAAGAUUAUCCUACUACGAGAAUCAUUAUUGACUGUACCGAAAUUUUUACUGAAAUACCAUCCUCACUUAAGUCUCAGUCUCAAACUUGGUCCCAAUACAAACAUCAUAACACCUGGAAAGCCCUUGUUGGAAUCUCACCAACAGGCUGUAUUACUUUUGUUUCAAAGCUUUGGUCUGGCAGAGUGUCAGAUAAAGAAAUUACUCAGAAGUGUGGUGUUUUGCAACUUUUAGAGAAUGGAGACAAUAUCAUGGCCGAUAGAGGAUUUGACAUCUCUAAUAUUCUUCCUCCUGGUGUAUCUCUUAAUAUUCCUCCUUUCAAAGGCACUAGAAGCCAGCUAACAGCAGAAGAAACAGAAGAAACAGCCCGAAUUGCAGCAGUACGCAUUCAUGUUGAAAGAGCUAUUGGUCGUGUAAAGAAUUUUCAUAUCCUGGAUGGAGUCAUAUCUUUAAGUUUACAACCUAUUUUAAACCAAAUUUUUUCAGUAUGUUGCCUUCUAACUAAUUUUCAGCCAUUUCUAGUUCAAAAUUCUAACAAUAGAUCUGAAUAG